GUGGGAGGGCUCGCAUCGCGGAGAUCUCGAUCGUAUCGUAGGACUAGAGAUAGUUGAGUGAUGUAUGCGUAUCGCGGUUCCCGUCGUUAGCGCAAGGUGUUGACUAUGCAUGAACAUACUAUCUUUUUUCCUAUCAUACAUCUCUUGGGUUUUCGGGGUCGGAUGAAGAAACAGGUAAGAUCCUUCCUACUUUUCAGAUGCUGAAUAAUAGUUAAAAAUCAAAAAACAAAAAACAAGCAUAAGGGGCAGAUAAAGGGAAGUUCGAGGGAUAGGCCGGCGGAGUCAUAGCUGAACAAGGAGACAGGGAACAAGAGUUAAAAGCGGGAAGGUAGAAAUAGUAUACUGAUAGCAACGCGAUGUGAUCAGGAGCAUGUUGAAUAUUAGUGAUCUACGGAUGAAGCUACAACAUCAAACUGCAUGACAAGUUCUUGCUUUGCAUGCGGUUUCAUGCUGACAGAAUGUAAAUUAAUUUGUCAUGUGCAGUUAUGAACAUGUUGAAGAUCAUUCGAAGCCUAAUAAGCAAUACGCAGGACCUAAUCACAUAGCAUGUUAUCUAGUGUCAUCUGUGGUUCUAGCUGUUCUCUGUGAUUUCUCGUAUUCUAGGCAGGUAGCUGAUUCCGAUUUUGACUCACUUGCCUCUCUUUUUCAUGAAAAAACACAGUAAAAGGAAGGUCGGUACAGUAAGCAAAAAUAGAGGACACGGACGGGGGGACCGGAACAGUAGACAGAUUAGAAAGAGCUUCAAUCUAUACUAGUUUAUGUUUAGCAUCACAUGGCAAAGCAGAUAGUUAGGAGGGCGCUGACAAAAACUAUUCUGAGUUGCGGGGUGUGUACAUGUUAAAACGAACCAGAAAUAGAUUGCAAUCUAAUCUGAGAGCAAAGAACGAAGUAACAGGGGGGGGAACGAAGGUCAAACAAUAAAAUGAAGCAUUGGCUCACCAAAACGUCUAUCGGUGACAUCAUGAUGUAAAUGUAAAUGCCAAAUAAUUAUUUCUAGUUCGGGACGGAAUAGAAGUGCAGGAUGUAGACGCAGAGCAGUGGGGCCGGCACGCCCGGAUAACCCUGGCUACGCGUUGCGGGCGCAAGAUGCAUCUACACGGAAUCUACGCACCCACCGACGCUGCGGACGGAAACGACAAAGACAAGUUUUGGGCAAAAGCAACAAAGAAAAUUUCUGACCACCCCGCGCGAGACAUAGUGAUGGUAGUGGGCGACUACAACGCGGAGAUGGGAGAGCCGCAGUGGGAACCCAUGCGCGCGGGCCUACCGUACACGGUAGGCCCGUGCGGCCUAACACCGGACUUCGUGCACCGGUCCGACAACGGCCGGAGAUUGAAGCGACCGCAGCCAUCGUGGGCUGCAUGCUAAGCGACCCGGGGCAAACAGAAGACGCGGACGCAGUAAAGGGGACGCUCAUCGAGUGGGGCGGAAUAGACCACUCGAAGGCAUGGAGACAAACGGAGCAGGCAGUUUGCAAGUUGAAUCUGGGCGACCUAGUGCCCACACACCUGCUGCUGUGGGACUCCGGGCAUGCGAAUGUCAUCGCAAUGAAGAAAUCGGGAUGGGCAGUGCUAGACACGGGGCGGUGCAUACGCCUGUCAGGGCUGGGAAACCGGCAGUACAUACUAGAAGAGCACAACCGGUUUCGAUGCUCGCGAUGUGGCGACGUGCUAGAGGACGAGCGGGCGCUACUUUUUCACCAGACGACGGGUUUCUGUCGGGUGAACAAAAGCAUCCACGAGCAGCGAACAUUGCGGGUGGCGAGACAAGUCGAGGCGAAGAAGAAGCAAGAGAAAGAGGUAGAGGUGGAGCGGGCGGAUGUUUGGCAUGGAGGCCAGCAGAUCGCCACGGUGAAAAGCUUCACAUACCUCGGCACGGAGAUAGACCACCGCGGCACCACACACCACGAAGUCCAAAGAAGAUGCGCGAUCGCGAUGGCAGCGGUCAAAGCACUGGGGAGAGUCUGGAGAGACAAAGAAAUAGAGCGCCACCUCCGGGCGAGCCUCUACCGGUCCCUGUGUCUCAGCAUUGCGUUAUACAAUGCUGAGACAUGGGCGGUGACAGAAGCAGAUGCGCAGACUCUCCGUCGCAUUGGCUCACCAAAACGUCUAUCGGUGACAUCAUGA